AUGUCUAGUAAAGGUAAGAUUGUCGAAAUAGAUUCAAAUACUAUUUUUUAGUGUUCCAAAGUUUGUUUCGGAAUGUCACGGGAAGCCAGCGAUUGUUCACACGAUGUCAAAGUAGGGAUCUGUCACAAAAAGAAGCCUCAAGUAAGUUCUGGCCUCAUUAUCUUUAUUGUUGGUUCAGGUCAUUCAGCUGCAAAAGUAGAACAUUUCUCUAGAGGUGACUUUGUUACUUCUAAAGUUGUUGAAGCUGUGUCGAAUAAUAGAAACAGAUUGUUUGCCGUGGUGUUUAUUAACGGUAGGCAAUACAAAGUUAGCGAUGGAGAUGUGAUUGUUGUUGAGAAGUCUGUGCCUUUGGAUUUAGGGGAAAGGAUAAACUUCGAAAAGGUAAUUUUUUAGGUAUUUUGGUAUUUUUCUGUUUUUUGGCAGCUAAUAAUUGAAUUUUUGGAUAUUGUUAUUACAAUUUAAAAGAAUUCUCAGUUGCAAGCCUCAAAAACCGCGAUGUUUUGAUGUUUUGCCAAGUCGGUAAUUCUGUUUUGACCGAAAUUUAAAAUUAAAAGUUAAAUGGUCCUUUGAACUUAAUUAAUUUUUAAAGGUUUUGUUGGUCGGCGGCGCUGAGUUUACGCUACUUGGAAGGCCCACUCUCGAUCCACAAAUGGUUUCAGUCGGAGCGACAGUCGUCGAAAAGACCAACGCUCAGCCACAUAUUAAGUACACCAGGAAAGAUGGAAAGCAGAUUAUGAAUAUCCUAUGUGAGUUGUUGUUUUAAAAAAUUUUGAGAAAGUUUUUGUUCAAGAAUUGACAAUUCUGAUAAUGCUUGUAAAAAAUUAUUUUAAUAGGGGUGUUCAUUGAUAACAAAAUCAGGGGUUUGGUUAAAAAAAUUUUAAUAUUAGACACAUACAUGUGUUGAAUACCUUACUUUAGGUUUUGUAUAAUUUUUGGCUUAAUUGGUGAGAUCUAAUUUAUGAUUAAAGCCUGUUUUUUAAAUUUUUAUUCAUGACAAGUUUGUUUACAAUAUUAUUAUCGAUAUUAUUGUCAAAAGGCAAAUGUAAUUGUUUUCAGGGCGAAGUCAUGAACUAACGACGCUGCGGAUAAACAACAUUACAGUAGAUCCGGCUCACAUCCAGACCGUUUGA